AUGAGUGUAAAAAAAACAGCUUUAGUUGUUGUAGCUUCAGGAUCAGAAGAUGUAGAAUACAUUACGGUGGUCGAUAUUCUAAGAAGAGCUAAUAUGGAUGUAACGACAGCAUCUGUAGAAGAGACAGAAAAAGUUUGUCUUCAAUCAAAAAAUAUCGUUAUGGCAGAUGUAACCAUUGCAGAAAUAUCAAACCUUACUUUUGAUGUAAUUGUAAUUCCAGGAGGUAUGAAAGGAUCUAAUGCUAUAGCGAAUUGUGAACCAUUUAUUAAAAUGUUAAAGGAACAAAAAAAUAGUAAUAGAUUAUAUGCAGCUAUAUGCGCAGCACCUCAAACUGUUUUAAAUAGACAUUCUUUAAUUGAUGAUGUUGAGGCAGUUGCUUAUCCAUCACUUGAUAAGGAUUUCAAAUAUGUUGGUAAUGGGAGAGUAUGUGUUUCUAAAAAUUGUAUUACAUCUGUAGGACCUGGAUCAGCUACUGAAUUUGCUCUUAAAAUAGUAGAAGUUUUAUUAGGUAGAGAUGUUGCACAAAAACUUGCAAAAGAUUUUAUUUUGCAUCCAUCUAUUAUUUUUUAA